UUCCCAUUUUUGUCUUAUUCUUGUCUAUUUUUCAUUUCACUCGCAUUUUUGUUUCUGAAUGUGAGAAGUAAUUAUAAUAACAAGCUGAGUUUCAUUACUUUGGCUGAGAAAAAAAAAAAAAGAUAAUGAGUAUUCUCAAGUUAGUUACAGUACUCUUUGUUGUGAAUGGAGCAGUUGGUUGCUUAGAGAAUGAGAGACAAGCUCUUCGUCAAUUGAAGGCAAGCCUGACGUUGGAUGCCGACACUUUCUUUUUGCCUAGUUGGGACAGUAAGAGUGAUGAUUGCUGUGCAUGGGAAGGAAUCCGCUGUAACAAUCAAACUGGACAUGUUGAAAUCUUUCAUCUUAGUCCUCCUCAUUUUGGUGCUUUUCCAGGCGAGAUCAACGCAUCUUUGGUGGAGUUGAGACAUUUAAAAUAUUUCAACAUUAGUGGGAACCGGUUUUUAUUCAAUACUUUCCGUGAAUUGUUUGGUUCUUUAACCAACUUGAGAAUCCUUGAUCUUUCCCACAAUUUCCUGGAGGGUACAAUCCCUCAUCAUCUUGGAAAUCUCUCUCAUUUGCAGCACCUUGAUCUUUCAGACAAUUUCCUGGACGGUACAAUCCCUCGUCAUCUUGGAAAUCUCUCUCAUUUGCAGUACCUUGAUCUUUCAGGGAGCGGUCUUGUUGGAAUCAUUCCUCACCAACUUGGAGGCCUUUCAAGUUUACAAGAGCUUUAUCUAGGAUACAAUUUCGGACUCAAAUUCGAAGAUAAGAACAAUCACGUUGGAGGUCAGUGGCUUUCUAAUCUCACUCUUUUAACCCAUCUUGACUUGAGUACCAUACCCAAUCUCAAUUCUUCUCAUGCCUGGAUGCAAACGAUCGCCAAGCUUCCAAAAAUACAAGAAUUAAAGCUAUCUACCUGUGCUCUUUCAGAUCUUUAUCUACAUUCUCUGUCCCAUUCACUAUUCAAUUUUUCUACUUCUCUUACAAUCCUUGACCUUUCAUUCAAUACCUUCUCUUCCUCCAAAAUAUUUGAAUGGGUGUUUAAUGCCACCUCUAACUUAAUUGACCUUGAUCUUAGUGAUAACAAAUUCAAUGGCACCAUUCUAUAUGAUUUUGGCAACAUACAAAACCCUCUUGAACGUCUCGACUUGUCGAAUAAUGAACUACAAGGUGGAGUUCCAGAAUCUAUUAGACAUAUAUGUACGUUACAGUCAUUGGAUCUUGAUAUUACCAAGUUGAAUGAAGACAUUUCAACCAUUCUACACAAAUUGUCUGGUUGUGCAAGAUACUCGCUGCAACAUUUGAGUUUAUUUUACAACCAAAUUACUGGAACAUUGCCUAAUCUUUCAAUAUUCCCAUCUCUAAUAACACUCGACCUUUCAAGCAAUAUGUUAAGUGGGAAGGUUCCGGAUGAAAUUCCAAAAUCAUUGGAGUCUUUGAUAUUUUAUUCAAAUUCUUUAGAAGGCGGAAUUCCAAAAUCAAUUGGAAACCUAUGUUCAUUAAGGUCGCUAGAUCUGUCAAGAAACAAGCUGAGUGAGGAUCUUUCAGUGAUACUUCAUAAUUUAUCUUUUGGGUGUGCAAAAGAUUCACUGCAAGAAUUAAACUUGGAAAGCAACCAAAUUAUUGGCACGGUACCUGACAUGUCAAUGUUCUCAUCUUUAGGAACUCUCGACCUAUCCAACAAUUCAUUAAGGAGGAUACUACAAAUUUCAACAUUCCCCUAUCAUUUAGAAAGUCUAUACUUGGAUUUUAAUGAUUUGGAAGGUGUGAUCACAGACUCCCAAUUUGGAAACAUGUCCAUGUUAAAGGAAUUAUACUUGAAUGAAAACUCAUUGUCUCUCGUAUUUCCUGAAAAUUGGGUGCCAGCUUUUCAAUUGAAUACCAUUGAGCUAAGGUCAUGUAUGUUAGGGCCUAGUUUUCCAAAAUGGUUGCAGAGUCAAAAACUUCUUCAACGGAUAGACAUUUCUAAUGCUAAAAUUUCAGAUGCAGUUCCAGUAUGGUUUUGGACUCAAACAAAAAAUUUAAAUUUCAUGAAUAUUUCAUACAAUAAUCUGUUUGGCACAAUUCCAAAUUUGCCCAUAAGAUUUUCGGAAGGUUGUGAAGUAUUUAUGGAUUCAAAUCAAUUUGAAGGUUCAAUCCCCCUGUUUUUGCGAAGUGCAACAUUUCUACGGCUGUCCAAGAACAAAUUUUCCGAUACUCGUUUAUUUUUAUGUUCUAACAAUUCAAUUGAUAGAUUGCGCCAAUUGGAUAUAUCAAAGAAUCAACUAUCCAAGCAGCUCCAUGAUUGUUGGAGUCAUUUGAAAUCAUUGGAAUUUCUAGAUUUUAGUGACAAUACUUUGUCUGGUGAAGUACCAUCCUCAUUGGGAUCAUUACUUGCACUUACAGUAUUGAUAUUGCGUAACAAUACCUUCACUGGGAAGUUGCCUGUCUCCUUGAUAAAUUGCACAGGACUGAUCAUGCUUGAUGUUGGAGAUAAUAGAUUCUCCGGACCAAUUCCGUAUUGGUUAGGACAACAAUUGGAAAUGUUAAGCUUACGAAGGAAUCAAUUUUAUGGAAAUCUUCCGCGGAGUCUUUGUUACUUAACAAACAUUCAGUUGUUGGACCUCUCUGAAAACAACCUGUCAGGACAAAUUUUCAAAUGCAUAAAGAAUUUUUCUUCCAUGACUCAAAAGAUUUCCUCAACUAGAGAAGAAGGCUUAUACAUAGAUUUCUCACGUGGACCUGGAAUUGUUCAGAAAUCUAACAGCUAUGAUUUGAUUACUGUGUUGAUGUGGAAAGGUGAAGAACGAUUGUUCAAGAAUAAUAAGCUUAUUUUGAGGAGUAUUGAUCUUUCAAGCAAUCAAUUGAUGGGAGAUAUUCCAAAAGAAAUAGGAAACUUGAUCGAAUUGGUGUCACUGAAUUUAUCAAACAACAAUUUGACCGGAGAAAUUACUUCAGAGAUUGGAAGGUUAACAUCACUUGAAUUUCUUGACUUGUCAAGAAACCAUUUCUUUGGUCCAAUUCCUCCUUCUCUAGCUCAAAUUGAUCGUUUGUCCAUGUUGAAUCUUUCCUAUAACAAUCUUUCUGGAAGAAUUCCAAUUGGCACACAAUUACAAAGUUUCGAUGCAUCAAGUUAUGAAGGAAAUGUUGGUCUUUGUGGAAAACCACUUGACAAAAACUGUCCAGGAGAUGAAGAAGAUACACCUCAGAAACCAGAAACAAAUGAAGAAAGUAGUCCUCUAGAAGAUAAAAAACCAAUUUAUUUGAGUGUGGGAUUGGGAUUUAUCACAGGAUUUUGGGGACUGUGGGGAUCUUUGUUUCUCAUCAGGACUUGGAGACAUACAUAUGUCUUGUUCUUGAACAACAUAGUUGAUACAAUGUAUGUGUUUAUGGUGCUGAAUGGAAUUAAAUUUCAAAGGUGGCUCGGAGGUUUGCAGGAAAAGUUUUUCUAAGCACCACCAAUAGAAUCACGUGAGGUUUUGUUGAAGAAAGGUAGCAGAAAAAUAAAGGAAUUCAGAGUUCUUUGUCAAGUAUUAGUAAUUUACAUCACCAAUUUCUGAAGCAUAUACAUGUUAUAUAUGUUGUGAGACAAAUAAUGUUAUUGUCAAAGAAAAAUACAUGUUUUAAAAUCUUGUUAUUGAGAUAUUGUAAUGAUUGCACUCUUGGUCCUUCUGUUUUCCAAUAUUGUUGUAAUAAAGUUAUUGAAAAAAUAAUAUGACUGUUGUGAAUCACCAUUUUAUGUUUGUGAUUCUUGACAUAACUAUUACUAUGAAGUAUGGAUCAUGGAAGUUUGAAUAGGAAAUGAAAUAAAGUUGAUUAUAAG